AUGGAGCUGAAGACAAAGGAGCAGAUUUUAGCUAAAGCCCUGAUCAUUGAGCAGCAGAAUCUGAUCCACAAGGAGAAGCAGACAGUUGAGAGAGAUUCUCAGGGAAAAGGGAAGGCAGUUGCAGGGAGUAGUGGGUCCAGAGAUUAUAGAGGUGGGCUCUGGAAAAGACAGCGGCUUUAUUUUCAUCAUCAGGCUCCAGCCAGGAUAGCAGCAGCACCUGUCCCUAUUCAGGCACCACCUAUCAGGCAAGUAGCACCAGCGGCCCCUAUGAGAUGUUAUAGCUGUAAUGAGUUGGGUCAUCUUGCUAGGACUUGCCCUAAACUCAGGCCUAGGGCAUGUUUUCGAUGCGGACAGACUGGACAUAAUGCCAGGGACUGUACUCGACCUCAGAGUGGGGGACAGGGUAACCAGCAGAGAGCCUUACCUCCAGCACCAGCCAGAGUCUUUGCCAUCGGCCAGAGAGGCACUGGGGUGGAAGGUACCUUAUAUGUCUAUAACUAUCUUGCUAGAGUACUGUUUGAUACGGGAGCCUCCCACUCUUUCAUAUCUAGUUCUGUGGUAGAUGUGUUGGGUUUGACUGCUAUACCGCUUACUAGAUCUUUGUGUGUUACAUCGCCUCUUUGCGUCUCUCUUGAGCUUAGUAUGUUUUCUGAUGAUUGUCCUAUUGUAAUUUGUGGUAGAGAGUUCACUGCAUCUUUGAUUGUGAUUCCAGAUCACACGAUUCCGGUAGUGUCAAAGUAUGCUGAUGUGUUCCAGGAGAUACCAGGAUUACCUCCGAAAAGGGUAAUGGACUUCUCCAUUAAUGCGAUACCAGGUACCGCACCUAUAUCGAGAGCACCUUAUCGGAUGGCUCCAGCUCAACUUCAGGAGUUGAAGGUUCGAAUUGAAGGAUUACUUGCGCAAGGGUUCAUUAGGGCUAGUGUUUCUCCUUGGGGCGCACCAGUGAUGUUUGUGAAGAAGAAAGAUAAUUCACUCCGAUUAUGUGUGGAUUAUUGGCAGUUGAACAAGUUGAGGGUGAAGAAUGAAGAUAUUUCUAAGACGGCAUUUAGGACCAGGUAUGGGCAUUAUGAAUUUCUUAUCAUGCCUUUUGGUCUAACUAAUGCACCUGCAGCAUUCAUGGACUUGAUGAACCGCACAUUCAGUCCUUACUUAGAUCAGUGUGUGUUGGUGUUCGUUGACGACAUCUUGAUUUAUUCAAAGUCGUCCGACGAGCAUGAGAAGCAUCUGAGGGUGGUGCUGCAGAUUUUGAGAAAAGAAAGGUUGUAUGCAAAGUUUGAGAAGUGCGAAUUUUGGCAAAAGGAGGUCAAGUUCCUUGGUCAUGUAGUUUCGAAGGAUGAAGUUUCUGUGGAUCCUUUGAAGGUUGAAGCAGUGAUGGGUUGGAGUCGGCCCACUACCGUUACAAAGAUCCGUAGUUUCCUUGGUUUGGCAGGGUACUACAGGCGAUUCAUUGAGGGGUUUUCUAGUAUUGCUUCGGCUUUGACCAAGUUGACAAGGAAAGACACUCAAUUUGUGUGGACGGAUGAAUGUGACGACAGCUCCAGUCAUGGUAAGGUUGUUGCUUACGACUCUAGACAGUUGAAGGUGCAUGAGCGAAACUACCCCACUCAUGAUCUAGAGCUAGCUGCAGUGAAGGAGUUGAACAUGAGGCAGAGAAGAUGGAUGGAGCUCAUCAAAGAUUAUGAUUUCACCUUGGAGUAUCAUCCCGGAAAGGCCAAUGUAGUGGCGGUUGCUUUGAGCAGGAAAACUAGGGGAAUUGUGGCAUCUCUUAUGGUUCAGGAGUGGCUUAUGUUGGAUACUGUAUCUGAGUUUGACCUUAAGCCCACAGGAGAAGGACAAGGAAUCUUUCUCGGUAGUAUCACUCUACAGCCGACUUUGAUUUCUAGGAUCAUUCAGAGUCAGACACAUGAUGAGUUCGCUCAAAUGGUGAUUUCUGAUAUGAUUCUUGAUGCCAACGAGGAAGGUCCCUCUGAGUGGACAGUUGGAGCUGAUGGUGGUUUGAGAUUUCAAUUGAAAUUGUAUGUUCCAGGCGGUGAUAACCUCAAGGAGGAGGUCAUGCGGGAAGUACACACCCAGGGAGUACCAAGAUGUAUAUGGACCUACAAAGACAGUUUUGGUGGAUUGGGAUGA